AUGGCCCAACGGAAGAGGCCCAAAAAGGCUAUCUACACUGUCCAGUUGGGCACGUUAUUUUUUAGCCCCUUCUGGUUUUUCCGGAUUAAAGUGCUGCGCGAGAGCCGAUUGGCUGAGGAACGGAGGUUCGAGGGAAUAAUGGAGGCGGCGUCGGCGUCGGCGUCGGCGGCGACGAUGGUGUUCGUGUACGGCACCCUGAAGCGCGGGUUUCCCAACCACCCCCGCCUCGCCGCCUUCAACUGCCCCUUCGCCGGAGCGGCCUCCACCGCCGCCCCAGCCUCCCUCGUCAUCGGGCCCUACUCCGUCCCCUUCCUCCUCCCCACCCCGACUCCGUCCUCCGGCCGCCUGGUCUCCGGCGAGCUCUACUCCGCGUCUCCCAGCGCCGUCGCCGACCUCGACUUGCUAGAGGGCACUCACCUCGGCGUCUACGAGCGCCGGCGGAUCACCGUCGUGGUUGACGGGGCGACUAAAGAGGUGGAGGCAGAGGCUUACUUCGCGAACGCGAGCUACGCGGAGGCCCUGUGGCUGCGCUGCGGCGGCGAGGCGGCCGAGAUCGCGGAGUACACCAUGGAGCACGCGGGCAGGUACGUCCCGCCCAGUGGCCGCUCUCCCGGCGUCUCCGGGCUCAUGGAUGCCGUCCGUGGCUUCCUCGCCACCGCUCCGCCAGCGAAUUGAACCGAUGCCGUAUUUCCUUCCGAUUGUUCUGUGAAUGGACUGAAAAAUAAGAUGUGCCAUCGUACCUAGCAUCCAAUGCACACCUAUGUUCACCCAUUACAUUUCAUACCGACUUCUGAAUUGUGGGUACCUUUUUAUUUGGAGAAGUUGCUGCUUGAGUAAAGUGCGCAUUAAGGAUUGUAAGAUGACGUUAACUGAUUCUAUCUAUAGCAUGUUUUUGUUCA